GGAGUAUUUUUAAUCGUUUUUUUAUAUAUACAGAUAAUGCACUAACUUUUUGAUGAUAAGAAACCUAACUUUCUCGAUUUAGCAUCACUAAUUACGAAAAAAUAGUUUGAAUAAUCUUAUUAGUUGACAUCUCAUUUUAGAUUAAAAAAAAGGCUUUUUUUUGGGAAAAGGAAAAAAUGCCACUGUCCAAUCAUUUUUGUGCAAAUAAGCCAGAAAAUUGACGUGUAAUUUCGAAGCAAGUUGUGUAGUUCAGGGACAAAAAUCAAAACUAUAAAAACCACUCGAUCAUCGCCCUUUAUUCUCCUUCCUAUCUUAAAUCUUUAAUAAUCUUUCCGAGUAAACACAGAACAGUUUCAAUCGCCACAAUCCCUUGUCGAAACCCGAAACCGAGAAGAAGUAUCAAGAAAAAUGUUGGCUGUUUUUGAUAAAUCAGUGGCGAAAAGCCCAGAGGCCUUGCAGUCACCAAAUACCGAGUCAGUUUGUGCCCUAAAAGAUGGGUUCUUGGCGCAGAAUUUCUCCUCUUCCCACCCUUCUUCCGUCAUCAUCAAUCUGGGUUCUGCAGGAUUCUUGGCCUACUCCAGUGACAAGCAAAACCCUUUGCUUCCCAGGUCUGUAUCUCACUUUAUCGAUUCCUGUUGAAAAAACUUGGGUUCAUCUUGAUCUGUUCUGUAGUUGAUCUUCUUGCAGCUGUGAUCUCUUGUAUCUUUGACAUUUGUUUGAUCCUUUUGUCUUGAUUUAAUUAAGUUGAAAGGGAUGACAAUGGGUAGAUCUUUAUUUGGCCUAUGUCGAUUUUUUUAGAUUUCCAUCUCUGUUUUUUUUUUUUUUUUGUUAAUUUCUUGGAUUUUAGUUUGUCGCUUAUUGUCCGAUUCUCUCUGGCUUGUUAGGGGAAAAUAAUUUUCGCCUCUUACCUUUUUUCAGUUCCUUCUAGUGUCUGGAUUGGUCAAGCCCAUUGACUUUUGAGUUUAUAAUCUGCCUUUUCUCUUGUUCUUGAAGAUGAGUAGUUGUAGGUAUUUUUUUAGGGUAGAAAUGGAGUUGUGUUUGUCUGUAUUUGUGACUGUCUCCCUGAUUAAUAAGUUUGAUUCUUUUGGCAGCUAUCUCAGUUAAUUAAUAAUAUUAAUUAAAAGAAAAAGGGUUCUGGCUUUCCUGAUCAAGCUUAGUUGUUUUCUUCAUUUCUUUUGUUCGAUGAAGGUUAGAUUGUUUGUGAAUUAUUCCCAAGGAGGUUCAUACUCUGUUAUCAUGAUCGAUUAUUAUAAACUUCCAUUGUUCUCUUACUUCUAACCUCUACUUUGCAUUUUAUUUGGGGGAUUUAUAUACUGUAUUUGAGAUUUGUAGUGGAUGUGGCUUAUUCAGGAAUGCUUGGCUUUUCUGAUGCUAUGAAAAUUUUAAAACACUAUUAUGAUGUUUGAUAUCUAGUGCGUUGUGCUUGCAUUUUUUGUCCUGUUUUAUGUAUGAGAGCUACGGAAUACAGGUUAUUUAUCCUAUCUAAAUCAGAAUAUUAGGUGUUUUGUUUGGAAUUAUAGUUGCUCUUUUUGUCUCUUUCUUUGUUUUUUCCAUGCAUCAAUGGAGGAAUCAUUUCUAUUUUAUAUCUCUGAGCAGGCUGUUUGCUGUUGUGGAUGACAUCUUUUGUUUGUUCCAAGGGCACAUUGAAAAUGUUGCACAGCUUAAGCAGCAAUAUGGAUUGAAUAAGGUGGCAAAUGAAGUCAUAAUUGUCAUUGAGGCUUACAGGACCUUGAGGGACAGAGGUCCUUACCCUCCUGAUCAGGUCGUGAGAGGUAUUCAGGGGAAAUUUGCAUUUGUCCUGUUCGACAGCUCUGCAAAAUCUGCUUUUGUGGCAUGUGACUCUGAAGGCAGUGUACCUUUCUACUGGGGGGCUGAUUCUGAAGGGCAUCUUGUCCUCUCCACUGAUUCAGAGAUUGUGAAGAAAGGCUGUGGCAAAUCCUUUGCACCAUUUCCCAAAGGAUGCUUCUUCACAUCUUCUGGAGGACUGAGAAGUUACGAGCAUCCCCUCAAUGAAUUGAAACCAGUGCCAAGGGUUGACAGCUCAGGAGAAGUCUGCGGUGCAACAUUUAAGGUGGAUGCUGAAGCUAAGAAGGAAACCACUGGCAUACCAAGGGUUGGAAGUGCUGCAAACUGGUCCCAGAACUAUUAAACUGACCAUUCAUUUUUAGGGUUUAUGGUCAUAGCCUCCUACGCAGGAUUUGUACUUGAAAAAUAGUGAGAAGAGAUCUACUUGAUGUGGCUAAAGGAGUGCUUCUUUAACUACUUCAUUUCACAGUUUUAUUCCUCUUUAAACCUACAUGGCCAUUGCU